AUGUUUGCUAAACGGCAAUUUUCAUGCGUCAUUUCAAAACGUUUGUAUUGGUCUUUUUUUAUUCGUUAUCAAUCAACGACAACUACCGAUCUAAUUAAAACGUCUCCAUCUGAUAUUGAACGGAAAUCAACCAUCGAUUAUACACCAUGGGCAACAUCAGAAUCAAAUGGAUUAAUUAAUUAUUUAUCUGCUCGAAUUAAAACUGUUGGACCUAUAACUGUAGCUGAAUUUAUGCGUGAAGCAUCGUUAAAUCCCAAAUAUGGUUAUUAUACACGGCAUGAAGUCUAUGGUAAAAAAGGUGAUUUUAUCACGACACCUGAAAUUAGUCAAUUGUAUGCUGAAUUAUUAGCUAAAUGGCUUAUGCAAGAACAUUCAACAAUUGGUGGAAAUGUUUUACAAUUAGUCGAAAUGGGACCUGGUCGAGGUCUAAUAAUUAAUGAUAUUAUUAAAGUAUUAAAAAAACACAAAUAUUCUCAUACACAUACAUUUUUUGCUUUGUAUGAAAAUAAUCUACAUAUGCGACGACGUCAAGCUGAAACAUUACUUGGACGAUCGUUUAAUCCAUUAGUUGCGAAUGAUUAUCGAAUAAAAGAUGGUAAUUAUUCUCUUAUAUGGAUCGAUGAUUUUAAACAAUUACUUCCUCAUGAUACAUAUAUUAUUGCAAAUCAAUUUUUUGAUGUUUAUCCUAUACAUAAAUUUCAAAAAACAUCACAAGGUUGGAAAGAAGUUAUGAUUGAUUGGAAUCCAAUAACAAAACAACUUCAAUAUGUGUUAUCAUUAAAGCCAACAUCAAUGAUUAGACUUUAUGAAAAUUUUCUUAAUAAUAUCAAAGAUAGACAACAUGUAGAAAUCAGUCCACAACGUGCAAUGAUAAUGCAAUCUAUGUGUACGCAUUUAAUGAAAUACGGUGGUUCAGCUUUAAUAGGUGACUAUGGUCAUUGGGGUGAAAAAGGUGAUACAUUUCGUGCUUUUCGUAAAGAUGAAAUAGUCGAUCCACUUUCUGAUCCUGGUAAUAUUGAUAUAACAUCAGAUGUUGAUUUUGAAGAAUUAUCAAUGCGUGGUAUGCAAGUACCAAAUGUUCAAUUUUUUGGACCAAUUUCUCAAGGAAAUUUUCUCUAUAAUUUGGGCUUGAAUGAUCGAUUAACAAAUUUAACAUAUGACAAAACACCUGAAGAACAAGAAGAAAUUUUAAGUGAUGUGGAAAAAUUAGUUAGUUCAGAAUAUAUGGGUGAUAGAUUUCUUUAUAUUUGUGCACAACGAACAAAUAAAAUAAAUGCACCUGCGGGUUUUUCUUCUUCAAAUUGA